UAUGGACAUUUCAAGGGAAUGAUUCCCCAACAACUUGGAAAUCUCUCAAGUUUGCUCUAUCUUGGGCUUGGACAUAAUUUAGACUUAUAUGUUGACAACCUUCAUUGGGUGUCUAGUCUUUCUUCAUUGGAAUCACUAGACUUAUCUUAUGUUGAUCUUAGUAAGGCAUAUGAUCAUUGGCUUUUAGCAAUAAAUAUGAUCCCUUCCUUGCAAGAAUUACACUUGUCCUAUUGUUAUCUUAGUCAUAUUCAUUUUCCAUCUCACAUAAAUCUUACAUCCCUUGAGACACUUGACCUGAGUUACAACUCUCUUGAGCUUCGAGGUUCAAUUCCUUGUACCUUUCGAAACAACAUGAGCCUUUUAAAAUAUCUUGAUUUGUCUCGCAAUAAUAUAGACUCUGUCAUUCCUAAUUGCUUAUUUAGUUUUUCUAAUCUUGAACACCUCCACCUUUCUAAUACUAAACUGCAUGGAGUUAUCUCAAGUGAUGUAGCAAAUUUGACCUCUAUAGUCAGUUUAAACUUGAGAAGUAAUGCUCUAGCAGGAAAAAUCCCUUCAUCUAUGGGAAAACUCUGCAAUUUGAAAGAAUUUGAUUUAGGAGGCAAUAAUUACAAAGGCAGUGUCUCAAUGGUUUUCGAAAGCUUGUCAGGUCGCCUUUCUAAAAGUUUGAAGUCACUGAAUUUGGGGAGGAAUUUUUUCGAUUCCUUUGGUGGCCAAUUAGUGGAUAAAAUAAAAGAUUUUGAGAAUUUAGAUGAUUUCUCUCUUCAAUCUAAUAAAUUUUCAGGCCCCAUUCCAAUUCCAAUAUUUAAAAACAUAAUAUCCUUGAAGUCUUUAGAUCUUUCUUAUAACAAUUUUAGUGGACCUCUUCCUGAAAGCUUAGAUUCUCUCUCAAAGUUAGAAUCUUUCUACAUUUCCAAUAACCAUUUCAAUGGUCCUCUACCAAAAAAUCUCGGGUCUCUCUCACAAUUACAAAAACUAAUAAUUUACAGUAACCAUUUUAGUGGUCUUCUACCAGAAAGUCUUGGGUCUCUCUCACAAUUACAAACACUAAUAAUUUCCAAUAACCAUUUCAGUGGUCUUCUACCAAAGAGUCUUGGGUCUCUCUCAAAUUUAGAAUAUCUUUCAAUUGAAUCAAAUUCUUUUGAAGGUAAUGUGUGUGAGUUUCAUUUUGCCAACCUCAAAAAGCUUAAGCACAUAUUUGCUUCUGAAAAUAACUUGAGCUUUAAAGUUUAGAUUGGACUCCUCCCUUUUCUCUUGGAACCAUAGAAAUAAGAAAUUGGAACUUAGGUCCUCAUUUUCCUACAUGGCUAAAAUCACAAAAAGAUAUCUUUAGAAUAGACAUGUCUAAUACUGGAAUUUCAGAUAUCAUUCCUUCUUGGUUAUGGAAUUUUUCUUCAGCUGAUAUUGACAUGUCAAGAAACCAAAUUUAUGGGGAAAUUCCUAAUUUUCUAAAUGAUGGUUAUUAUAUGUUGAACUUGAGUUACAACAAGUUGACAAGACCAUUACCUCAUAUCCCAGUUUGGAACAUGCUAGAUCUUUCAAAUAAUUACUUGUCUGGUAACAUUUCUAAUUUCCUUUGUGAUCCAAAGAGUUCUAAACAAAAAGUUAUUGCCUUAUAUCUCGAAAAUAAUCUUUUAUCAGGAAAGAUUCCUGAUUGUUGGAUGUAUUGGCCAUCAUUAAAUUUGAUAAACUUGGAUAACAAUAAUCUAAGUGGAAAAAUUCCAAGCUCUGUGGGAUCUUUACUCAACUUAAUGUCAUUGCAUCUACAAAAUAAUAGUCUCAGUGGAGAAAUACCAAAGGCUCUGAAGAAUUGUUCAGCUUUAAAAGGUCUUUAUCUUGGUUUUAAUAAGUUAGCGGGGACUAUACCAAGAUGGAUUGAAAGUCUUCCAACGCUGCGUUUUCUUGUCCUUCGUUCAAACAAUUUCACAGGUCAUAUUCCAAAUGAACUCUGUAAACUUUCUAUGCUUCAAGUAUUGGAUGCUAGUGAUAAUAGUUUGACGGGGAAAAUACCAAAAUGUUUCAACAAUUUAACUGCUAUGAGUUCUAAAUCACAGAAUAAUCCAUUUCAAUAUUAUCUUGGCGUUAAUAAUCAAAGAUCUAGGGAGAAUGCAAAUGUGGUUAUCAAAGGAAGGGAAAACCAAUACAACACCAUCUUAUACCUCUUAAGUACCUUCGAUCUAUCUAGCAACAAAUUAUCAGGAGAAAUUCCAGAACAACUUACAAGUCUCGAUGCGUUGCAAUCAUUGAAUUUGUCGGGAAAUUAUUUGAGUGGGAGCAUUCCUAAAAAGAUUGACAGUAUGACCGCCUUAGAAUCUCUUGAUCUCUCAAUGAACCAUUUGUUUGGUCACAUUCCUACAAGUUUGUCAAGUUUAUCAUUCUUGAGUCACUUGAACUUGUCAUACAACAACUUGUCGGGACAAAUUCCAAUAGGCACGCAACUGCAAAGCAUGGAUGCUUCUAGCUUUAUGGGAAACAAAUUGUGUGGACCGCCGCUCCUCAAAAAGUGUAUUGAAGAUCCUAACACAACGCAUUCAAAUGCAAGUAAUGAAGAUGGAGAAAGGGAAGAUGAUGAAUAUUGGUUCAGAUUGGGCAUAGGAAUGGGGUUUGGAGUGAGCUUUGUGGGUGUCAUUGUUCCGUUAGUGGUUUGCGGAUUUUGGAGGCGUGCUUACUUUUGGUUUUUCGAAGAGUAUUUGUGGAACAAGUUUGUGGACUAUCUUAUCAAAAUAAAGUACAUGUUUUGAAAGUAUUUGUGUCAGUCACCUUUUAAAGUCCUUUUUUUAAUAAGGAACGUGUUAGUUAUGUCUUUUUUGUAAGUUUGUUUCAUGUAUUAUCAUUUUGGGAGAUAUCACCGUGUUAUGUUAUUGUUUCAAAAAGUUUAAAGAG